AUGAGAAGACGUUUCACUAGUCAAAAGAACACUAACGCAAAAGCAGAGAUUACGGUUGGUUAUAACGUAAAUGAUGAUAAAUCACGAAUUAUUCAAAAUGUUAAAGUUAAUGUUAGCCCCGAAUUAACAAGGUCAGCAACUCAACCAAAUUUAUUAACUCGUGACUUACCGAAGAAUGAGGAGAAUGAAGAAAACCAUGAGAAUGGAGACCCAAUCAUUUUAUCUGAACCUGGUAAAGAACCUGUUGAAAUUCCCACUUAUCCAACAUACCCCCCACCUCUUUCAUCAAACAUCGAGAACCCAUAUAAAAUAGACAUUAAUUCAGAAUUAAUGAAAAUUUACCGUGAUAUAAUAAUUAAUAAUUAUGAUUCAAUAAUAAAUUUAAUUGACCAAUCCGGUUUAAUUAUUUUACCUUAUGAAUCAUUAAUUCACAUUAUCGCCAUUCUUUGUGAUGUUCAAGAUUCAGACGUUAAGAUUCAAUUUUUCAUAGAUGAUGAGGUUUCAUGCUGCGGAACA